CUCGGGUGUCCCUGGCUGCAGCUCCAGAAGGUCCUGAGCCUCGGCCACAUCAGCACCGACUACCCGCUGGCCGAGACCAUCCUCCUCCUGGGCUUCUUCAUGACCGUCUUCCUGGAGCAGCUGAUCCUGACCUUCCGCAAGGAGAAGCCGUCCUUCAUCGACCUGGAGACCUUCAACGCCGGCUCGGACGCGGGCAGCGACUCAGAGUACGAGAGCCCCUUCAUGGGGGGCGCGCGGGGCCACGCGCUCUACGUGGAGCCCCACGGCCACGGCCCCAGCCUGAGCGUGCAGGGCCUCGCGCGCGCCAGCCCCGUGCGCCUGCUCAGCCUGGCCUUCGCGCUGUCAGCCCACUCGGUCUUCGAGGGCCUGGCGCUGGGCCUGCAGGAGGAGGGGGAGAAAGUGGUGAGCUUGUUCGUGGGGGUGGCUGUCCACGAGACGCUGGUGGCCGUGGCCCUGGGCAUCAGCAUGGCCCGGAGUGCCAUGCCCCUGCGGGACGCAGCCAAGCUGGCAGUCACCGUGAGCGCCAUGAUCCCCCUGGGCAUCGGCCUGGGCCUGGGCAUCGAGAGCGCCCAGGGCGUGCCGGGCAGCGUGGCCUCCGUGCUGCUGCAGGGCCUGGCGGGCGGCACCUUCCUCUUCAUCACCUUCCUGGAGAUCCUGGCCAAGGAGCUGGAGGAGAAGAGUGACCGUCUGCUCAAGGUUCUCUUCCUGGUGCUGGGCUAUGCCGUCCUGGCCGGAAUGGUGUUCCUGAAGUGGUGAGCAGCCUCGCCACUGUCCCCGCCGCCGGAGCCCGCCGGGAGCCCCGGGCCGGACACAGGCCGCGUCCCCUGGCCCCGCCUCCCCUGAGAGCAAGCACUGUGGCCCCGGGCCACCGUCUGUGCGCAAGGGGCCUCCCGGAACCAGGCUGUGCCCCCUGAUCCUACACCCCGAGUCUCAGAGCACUGCUACUUUUUAAAACACUUCUUUCUCUUAAAAGUCUUUACCAAA